AUGAGCCUGGGAGGCCUCAAUGUUAAAGGCUUGUCGAGCAGUCCUCUGAAGACGACAAGCGGUCUCACAAAGAACCCAUUAAACAAUCUCAGUUCACCGUUGACCAGCAUCAACAACCUCAAUAUGGUGACCACAGGCUCCCCAUCGAACAGAGUCGGCUUGUGCCGAAAGUUCGCGCCGAACAUUUUCAACAAGUCCAAAUGUCAAAACUGCUUCAGACUGAGGGAGGCGCACACGGCUGACGCCCUGGAGACUAGUCGGAUCACCCGUAACGUCGUCAAGUGUGGAUAUUUGUUCGUGGCGCCGGACUGGGACUUCUCGACUCAGGCGAAUCGAACAAAGAGAUGGCAGCGGCGCUGGUUUGUUUUGUUCGAUGACGGCGAGCUGACUUACGCGCUUGACGAGCAGCCGGACACGAUUCCCCAAGCAUCUAUCGAUAUGCGCUCAGCUAUAGAGGUGGCCUUGGCUGACGAGCUCACCGGAAACCCGUUCAGCAUCGCGGUGACGACGGCUGACAAGAUUCACUUUGUGAAGGCAACGAGCCGGGAAGAUUCCAAAUGGUGGCACGAAGCUCUAUGUCGAGCGUCGCCCAAUUUGCGGCCCGCUUGUAAACGUAGCCAGACACUACCUGGGGCGUUGCCCUCUAGCCCUCCGAACAGCGUUCAAGAUAGCAACAAGGAAUCCAACAGAGAAACGCCUGCCCGUCAGCGAUUCUUUCCGGUUGGAGCGCCGACGGGGACCGUGCGUUCCGAGAAUCAGGUCGAACGGGACAGCGAGCACGAGGGAUCGGGGAAGGACUAUCUGGCGUCCACACCGUCCAUGGUUGUCUAUCAAGUUGUGAACUCGCUCCUGAAUCAGAAAAACAACUUGAACCUGAAUAACGGUUCCCCGAAUAGCGCUUCCCAAGUGACCUCAGCGAAUAAUUCGACCGGCGCGGGAUCGACCGCCACCGCGUCGACAUUGUCACAACAACAAGCUCUGUCUUCUGGCUCCGAUAUUUUCGAUGGUCCUGGCGGCAUAAGUUCCCUGGACGACUGUGAGGUUCUGAAGAAACGCCGUUUUUUAAAACGAGAGACUAAAGCGCUCAAGUCUCAGAGGAGCCGCUCGGACGGGGUUGCGAAAAUGCUCCCGAGCAUGCACCUCAACGAGGAAACGACCCCUUGGAACAUCGGGACUCCGGGCGGAAACUCGGGGAACGCCUCCGGUCCUCAGAGGUCCUCUCUGAGCUCGCAGCGAUCCAGCAUGGGCCAGCUAGUCAACCCAUCAUUAGGCAGCCAACAGUCAAUCGGGUCCGGCUCGAUUCACCUGUCGAAUAAUCAGCCCGGCAAGCGGACGUGUCAUAGUAAUCCCGUCUACCUCCUCCUAUCGGAUCUUGGUCGGAACGAGACAACGCAGUCAACGUCACCGUCGAAAGGAUCAUCGAAGCUGAAACUCGGUUCCCCGCCGCAUCAGAGGGGAGUUCCCGACGGCUGCACACUUGAGUCCGAUCGAGAUAAUGAGCUGGACUUGUUGCCCUCGUCGAACAUCGUUGGAGGUUCCUCAACGAUAUCGUCAGUAUUCAACUCCCAGGCGAGUUUGUCGUCACCCGCAUCUACUCCAGUCUCGACGGGAUCCGAGCAACAGCAGCAACAACAACAACAACAGCUACAACAGCAGCAACAACAAACGGCCCCAUUGUUUGUGAAGAAAGGUUGGCUGUAUCUCCGGCAACGCUAUAAUGGUCAGAUUGAAUGGACUCGCAUGUGGUUCGUUCUCCGAAACAACUCCCUCUGCUACUUCAAUGACACCGUAGCUGAGGAGAAAGCUCAUCCAAGUGGAGUCAUCGAUUUGGGUGCCUUAAGAGCCGCAACCGAAAUCGAGAACACCGAUCGGAACUACGCCUUUGCGGUCGUCUGGUCACCCUUGACGGAGAGCUCAUCGAGUCGAGAGCUGAUCCUGAGCGCAGCGACCGCCGCUCUCCGUUCGAAUUGGCUGCAAGCGAUUCGUCAAGCGUCUACGUCGCCGUCAGUGUCCAGUUCGAUCAGUUUGAACUCACCUGCCCUGGGUUCAAACAUAACUUCAGUGACCCUCGGUUCGAACGCCUCGAUCCGUCUGGGAACACCCUUGAGCUCGACGUCAUCUGCUGGCUCCGUUAUGCAUCCAACGCAUAACGCGCAGUACAGAAGAUCCAGCCCCUCAAGGAACUCCGGACUCACUCGUAGCAGUCCGACGCGAGACUUGUCGUUGCCGUUGCAUGAGAAGGCGACUCCAACGAAGCGCAUUCCCCCCUCGCUUGUGUCAACUCCCAUCCAAGGAGGGAAAAGCCCGGAAUCAGGACCAGAAGAAGGAAGCUAUUUUUCAGCCACUGAUUCCACGCCGACCCAGGACAUGUCCCAGCAUCUAUCGGAAAAUAUCUGUCGGAGUGGUCGCGACCUCGAACGACUUCCGCCUUCGCCAGCUCCUAGUCGCACAGCGCUCUCGAAGGCCAAGCAUCGAGGGAGGAGCACCUCGUCGUCGCGGGGCAGAUUGAUUUUACAGCAGCAGCAACAACAGGAUUCCACUGCUCGAAUCGAAACUCCCACCGGGGAGCAGAAAAUACGUCUGCCUCCACGCGCUGAGCCCGGAGAGGACUCAAGCUGUAACGAAGAUGACCUCACUGAGUCCUCAAACGUUAAACUGUCGCCAGGCAGUGGAUCCCACCACCGGCGUACUAGCGUUCACCACUUGGCUCGCUUGCAGUCCCUUGAGCACAGGCUCCGAGUAGCCCAUCGAGAGCUUGAGUCGAAGCAAGCAGAAAUCAACGCUCUGAGAAACGUUCUCGAGUCGUCAUCCAAUCAGCGGCAGCGAGCAGCCUUAUCGCAGCGGACUCCUAAAGAUAUGAUCGAGCAGCUCGAUGAGAACGAUGACGUCGAACGCAGAUACAAGGACAUAGUCUCGAAAAGCUUGCAGAUACUUAAGAACAUCUCCUCGAAAACGGCUCUGAAAGAGGUCAAGGAGAAGUGCCUCGACCUGCAGUCUCACAUCGUCUCGUUGGAAACUCUGAUCACCGAAGUUCUCGAGAGUUCCUGCCACGGAGACGUGCCAGAGAAAACCUCUCUCCGAAGUCAAAUGAACGCGGCUGUACAGACUAGCAACAAUGUUCCCGACGAGCGUCUUGCGAAAGCACAGCGGGAGGUGUCCCGUCUCGCGAAAGAGCUCAUGGACUCACAGAAAGCUGCGGAUGAGACGGAACUCCAGCUCCUGAGAACUUCGAACGAGAAGAAGAUGGCCGAUGAAGAGCAUCGUCAGCAGAGCGCGUUGCUCAACAUGCGGAUCGACGAUCUUACCAACAAAUUGAAUGCGUCCGAGAAAAAUAUCCAGCUCAUGAAGCACAAACUAGCGCGUGUUGAAAAACGGCGUCUGUCUCUCAAAGGAAAAGACUCGUUGAACUUCAGCAAGGACAUCGAAACGAAGCUGUGCAACCUCGAGGCUAAGAUGCUCUUUUUGGAGGAUCUGAACACGAUGACCGAUUCUCAAAGCGACAUCUCCGAGGACCUCCGGACACACCCGACCGUUGUUGUUCCCGCCGUCGCAAAACAAGCAGUCAAUCGUCGUCUCAGUACCGAUUCUCAAAACUCGGAGUCCAGCGCAGCUCACCGUCUCUUCAACCUCGACCAGAAGGUCAAAACCGCGGUCGAAGCAGUCGGGGGAAUGCCCGUGAAACCGAAAAUUUAUCUCCAAACUCGUACAAAGGAGCCUCACGAAGAGGAUUGGACAACGUUGAGUCUCACGGCUUCGCUCAGCGAUCUGACCGAGCUGAAUCUUGACAGCGAAUUGGGUUCCCUGUCGCCGCACGAAUGUCUCGAAAUGUUGUCGCAGAAGGUCGAUGGUUUGCUCUGUUGGUUCACCGGUUGUCUGCAAGGCCUUCAGCGAGGUUCGGAGGACGCGCCGUGGUGUCGUCUUCUGGGACAGUUACUCGAGCUCAUCGAUCAUCUUAGUUGUGCUUGUGAUCAGGUAUGCUAUACUCUCCAGGGCUCGGGUACAUCCGAUAAGGCAUCGCUAGGUCUCGCAUACAAUCUCCUCCUGCUGCAAGAGACUGCUCAGGCCGUGAAAAUGGUCAACGACACCGACAGGGAUCUGAUGAAUUCGCUGCAGAGUUCAGCGUAUCAGAUGAAAGUUGUCCUCGAGUCAUUCAAUGCCAGUCUCAGUCAGAAUUGUUUCACCGCGGACGCGAUAUUCGAAGGCUUGCAACAAAGCCUUCGAGCGAAUUCCAACUUCCUAGCCGAGGAUUUCUCAGUGGACCCAGCCGCCGUUCUCAGCGACGCAGUGGCCCUAGUCAGGAGUCAAUUCGAGUUCGCCGCGCUGAAAGUCCAAGAGUACAAACGCGGAAAACGCCAUGUCGUCAAAGACGCCCUGACGAAGAUUGUCGAGAACCAGGUAAUUGUCAGGCCAUUCUUGCGAUGAGCGCGGAAUCCGGGGAAGGGAAAAAUAGCUUUCUCGGGAAGUGGGGUAUCACCAGACCUCCUGGACGCCUGCACAUGCGUAGCCCAACAGGAGGAAUUGCUUUCGAGGAUAACCGAAGCGAUCGCCAGAGUGUCCACCUCCGUCGGCUUCUAUCUUGAUAAGAGUCUGGGACACGGAUCCACUCUGCUAAUCAACUUCGACAAGGUGCCGCAGCCGGCCCAGAUGAAGGCCCUGAUUGCGGACGCUCUCCAAGCCGAAAUCGAUCUUCUGAACUAUGAGCUCCGGAAAGAUUGCAUCGAGGUGCUCGACAGAAGCGUGCUCGGAGGGCCCGCUUCGACCGGUAGCGGAACGCUGGACGAUAACUCGGUGAUAGCCGCGAUGGAGAGCGGAAUUCUCCCCGAAGUCAACGAGGUCGUCACACUGAUCUGCGUGUUCGCUAUUUUCAAGGGUUACCUCGCCUACCUCGAGCAGCAAUCUUCGUCGUCGAACUGCAUGGCCGAGACCUUCCGACGAAUGUCUUCCCCGAUUAUCAGUCAAGAUUUGCAAACAUCCAGCGCCGCGUUCGAGGGAAGCAACGCAGCGAGCGGAACGCAGGCUCCGAGUGGUUCGACCAUCGCAAAAUCGAAAGUUCUCGAAUCAGUUCACUCGAAAUUCUUCGAGAUGCUCCUGAUGCUGAACGGGACCAGUGACGUUCCUUGCGCGGUGGAGCGAUGGUUAGCCUGUGUGGUUAACGCUUCCCAUCAGCAAACGUUGCUCAGCGAUCAGACGACGACAUCCGGAGGCCACGGUGGCCACGGGGGAUCAGGUGGAGAUUGUUCCCUUAUCAUUCCCUCCAUUACGGCCAACGUGAGCUCCGCCAUAAACCGAGUGCAAGCCAAGCUGAGCCGGGAGCAAGACGCACAGAAGGACGUGCUGAACUCUCUCAAGCAAAGGCUGGAGCAGGUCGAGCGGGAGAGGGAAAAAGAGCGAAACAGCUCCAAUAAGUGUUUGAACUGCGAAAACCGCGCAAAGGCGGCGGUUGACGAAGAGUCUUGCGGAUCUUGCGCGUCCCUCAGGAAGCAGCUCAAGGAACGGAUCGCAUGCGCUGAAUGCAGCAAGCUCCGUAGGCAACUGGAAGAAUACGAAUCGGCUUUGGCUUCCUGCCCAAAUUGUGAUCGCUUAGAAGUUGAACUCGAACUUGCAACAACUUCUCAGUUGGCGGCCGAAUCGAAUCAGAGCUGUAAUCGAUGUGAAGACCUCAAGCAAGCUUUGGAGAGCUGUCGGAUUUCGUACGACUCGAGAGUUGCGGCUUUGCAAACCGAAUUUGAAGGUCGACUCCAAGAGCAACUUCGAAUCGGCGAGGAGGUGCAUAAGUUGCCUCGAUGGCAAAACGAGCUCGAGCAAGUACGCCAGCUCUGCGACAAAGGAAUAGUUCUCGUCGAAGAUUCGCACAAGGCGGAAGUAGCUCGCAUACGCGAACAGUACGAGAUAGCGCUGCGGGUCGAGCGCGAAGAGAAAGAAAGACUGAUAAACGAGGAAACUCAGGCGACCAAGGUCGCACUCGAAGCGAUACGGAGGGAGCACUGCUCCCAGUUGGCUCAACUCAGGGCCCAAUCGUUACAGGCGACGCAAGCGUCGACUAACACGCCACAUGAGAGCACUGAGGUGUCCGACCGUCGGCUCAGCGAGAUCAAAGACGAUAUUCAAAAUAUCUCGGAGAAAUUCUCCAAGAAGUGCGUCGAAGCAGCAGCCGUCCAGGAACGGCUCUACGCGACACAGAAACAAUUACAGAAAGCGAACACGCAGCUGUUCGACGUGUUGGCCUCCCGAGCUCGAUCGGACGUCCCGUCACACCGUAUGUCACCGACGUGCCAGGAUCAAGGAGCCAAGGUCGGCCUCUCGGCGGAGAACGUUCCUAAAGCCCCGCUUGUCCGAUCGAAAACGACACUGGACACUUCUUGGCAAAAUAAUCCCUGA